CAAAUGCAUUUGGAUAUGUUGUUUGUGAACCUGCAAAUGGAAUCCAUGUUUCUCAAAGAGAAUUUCAACAUUAAGUGGGCUGCUCAGGCAGGACUGGUGGAGAACAUUGAACAAAUCGUCAGAGAAUACAAGCAAAGCCGAGGAUUACUGCCUCUCAAAAUUUGCAUUCAUGGACCUCCUGGGGCUGGUAAAUCUACCAUUGCUGAAGAGCUCUGCAAGCACUACAAGCUGCAUCACAUUAAGAUAAAUGAUGUAAUUUCUGAAACAAUAACAAAUCUGGAGAAAAUUGUGGCUCCUAAAGAACUGGACUCCAACAGCAUGGGAGAAGAGGGAGAAGAUGAUGAAGAGGAGGAGGGUAAAAAUGCAGAAGCAGCACAUGAGUUAUUAGCUGGAAUAAAAGAAAGCAUGGAGCAGAAUGCAGGUCAUCUAGAUGAUCAGUAUGUUGUUAAACUUGUGAAGGAUAAGCUCAAAUCUAUGCCUUGUAGGAAUCAGGGAUAUGUUUUAGAUGGGUUCCCAGAGACAUAUGAGCAGGCAAAAGAUCUUUUUAAUUCGGAAAAUGAAGAUGAAGAAAAAAUGAAAGACAAGAUACCUAAAUGUGAUAAAUUAAUCAUACCUGAAUUUAUUAUUUCUCUGACUGCAUCUGAUGAAUUCCUUAUAAACAGAAUAAUAAAUCUGCCAGAGAAAAUUGUUGCUGGAACUCACUAUAGCCAGGACCUGUUCCUGCCAUUGCUGAAUCUCUUCAGAGAGUUAAACACAGAUGAUAAGACUGUUCUCAACUAUUUUGAUGAACUUGAAAUACAUCCUCACUUUAUUGAUGUAGCCAAACUUGAAGAUCCUGAGAACAGAUUUAUUGUAAAAGAGAUCAUCAAAGAAAUUGGGGAACCUCAGAAUUACUGUUUGACAGAUGAAGAAAAGGAGAACCUGGAACGCAAAGCAGCUGAGGAAUGGCUUGUCAAAGAAGCUCAAGAAAAAGCUGAACAAGAGCGUAAAGAAGCUGAGGAGAGGGCUGAAAGGAUCGCAAAGUGGGAAGAGUGGAAUGAACAUCUAGAGGAGGUGAAAAGACAAGAACAAGAGUUAUUGGAGGCCGAGUCCAUUCCACUACAAAACUAUUUGAUGAAGAAUGUCAUGCCAACACUUCUGCAAGGGAUAAAUGAAUGCUGUAGGAUCAGGCCAGAUGAUCCAAUUGAUUUUCUGGCAGAAUAUAUCUUCAAGAACAGUCCUAAUAUCGAAUGGGAUAAACAUUAA